GUGCUGACCAUGGAGUUCAUGGAUGGCGUGGGUGUCACCCGGAUCAAAUCGUUCACGCAAGAGCAGCGCGACUGGAUCGGGACACAGAUCCUCCGUCUCUGCCUCCGCGAGAUCAUCGAGUUCCACUUCAUGCAGACAGACCCCAACUGGACCAAUUUCCUCUUCAACUUUGAGCGGGACCGCCUCGUGCUGCUUGAUUUCGGCGCCUCGCGCGAGUACCCCGAGCAAUUUAUAACAUUAUAUGUGCAGCUCCUCGCCGCAGCCUCGCGUUCGGACCGCGAGACCGUCAAGGACCUCUCUGAGAAGCUGGGCUACCUGACCGGCCAUGAGAGCAAGACCAUGUUAAACGCACACAUUGCCAGCGUGCUGACACUUGCUGAACCGUUUCUGGAGUCCGCGCCCGAGGUCUACGAUUUCCGAGACCAGACCAUCACGGAAAGGGUGAAGGCACAGAUUCCCGUCAUGAUACGGGAGAGGCUCGCGCCGCCACCAGAGGAGACAUACAGCUUGCAUCGAAAGCUGAGCGGUGCGUUCUUGCUCUGCGCCAGGCUGGGUAGUCGGGUCAGGUGUCGAGAGAUGUUCGAGAAGAGCGUGGCCAAGAGCGGCAUUAUGGAGCGAAAAGUGUAGUGAAGGUUAUUCCUGCAUAUCGGAGAGCCUCGCAGGUCUCCACAAGGGAUACGUCUCUUCAAUGUGACAUUAGAUAGAAAAUUUGUGUAUAGAGCGCAACACAUAGAAAGAUCCCACUCACAGCCGUCCACUGUAAGUCGUGGGAUAGAAUCUGAACUGAGAUCCUAUUG